GUAAACACUUUAACCCCACCCCCUCCCCCAAAGUCCCGCAAUUUUCCAACAUCAUCAGAAAACCUUAGCAGAAAACAAAGUUAAAACAAAAAUGGAGUUGUUCGAAUCCGUGCCAUCUUCCAAAGCAAUUUUGACGGCGACAACUUCUCUUACCGCUUCUGUAAUUCUCUUCAGAUCAAUAGCUAGCGAUCUUGUACCUGAAACACUUCAGCACUUCUUUUCUUCACGCUUUCAGAAACUAUCGAACCGCCUUUCCUCACAAUUGAUAGUUGUCAUAGAAGAAUCUGAAGGUCUCACUUCGAACCAGAUGUUCGACGCUGCUAACGUUUAUUUGGGUACUAAGGUUUCUCCUUGGACUCAAAGGAUCAAAGUCAAUAAGCCCGACAAAGAUGAAGAGCUCGCCGUCACUGUUGAUAGGUACCAAGAAGUAACAGAUUGUUAUGAAAAUGUGAAUUUCACCUGGAUUUUGAAGUCCAUGGGAAUCAAACAGAGUGACAAAAGCUCCAAUCCCAAGACCGAGCUUCGAUAUUUUGAGUUGAGUUUUCACAAGAAGAAAAAGGAGAUGGUUUUAAAAUCUUAUUUACCAUAUAUAUUGAGUAGGGCCAAAGAGAUUAAGGAAGAGAAAAAGGCAGUGAGGUUACAUACAGUGGAUUAUAAUGGAACUGAUUAUUGGAGUUCCGUGGUGUUAAAUCAUCCUGCAACAUUUGAUACAAUGGCAAUGGAACCAGAAAUGAAGAAGGAGCUGAUUGAGGAUCUUGACAUGUUUGUGAAUAGGAAAGAUUACUAUAGGAGAGUUGGCAAAGCAUGGAAACGCGGGUACUUGUUAUAUGGACCACCUGGUACAGGAAAAUCGAGCUUAGUUGCAGCUAUGGCUAAUUACCUUAAGUUUGAUGUUUAUGACUUGGACUUGAGAGAGGUGCAAUGUAAUUCGGAUUUGAGAAGGUUGUUGAUCGGUUCUGCAAAUCGCUCUAUACUUGUGAUAGAAGACAUUGAUUGCAAUGUGGGGUUGCAGAAUAGAGAAAAUGAGAAUGACACAAGCGAAGAUGACAAGAUUACACUGUCUGGGCUGUUGAACUUUAUUGAUGGGUUGUGGUCGAGUUGUGGGGAUGAGCGAAUCAUAGUGUUCACGACAAAUCACAAGGACCGACUUGAUCCAGCAUUGUUGAGACCUGGCCGUAUGGAUGUGCACAUUGAGAUGUCGUAUUGCACUUUCAGUGGUUUCAGGAUACUAGCAUCUAACUACCUAAAAAUUGAGGAGCACAGCAAGUUUAGGGUAAUUGAGAAUCUGCUCCUGAAAGUGAAAGCAACUCCAGCUGAAGUUGCAGGAGAGCUGAUGAAGAGCAACAAUGCUGAAAUUGCACUAGAAAACCUCGUCAAAUACCUUUCAAAACAAAAUGCAUUGCUGACUGAAACAGAUGGACAUUAGGGACUACAGCGGAGGACAAAUAAAUUCGGCAUAGAGUGAGAUAUUCUUUCAUCUGUUAAAGAGCAAGAUUUUUAUAGUUCAUUAGCUUUUGUUAAACUUGGUAACAUAAUCAUGCUGAUUCUUUGAUUCUAUUCAUCAUUGGACCUCCAUCUAUUUAUAA